GUGCAUAAGUACUUUGACCGUACAGGUGAACGGAACUCUUUUUGAGACGCCCAAUAGUAAUUACAUAUAUUUAUAUAAUAUUUCGUAAUGCCUGUAACACAUACGUCACAGACAUUGUAGAAUAUCGAACAAUAUGUCAAUACGAUGAACGAGUUUUCUGAACUAGAGUUCAUUUUAGUGAACGAUGAACGACUGAAUCGUUCGCCUAGGUGAACGAUUAAUCCCAUCUCUAUACGAGGUGUAACAAAAAAGUAACGAGACUUUCUAUGUAUAACAUAAACUAUUAAUGUUAUCCAUAAAACGAUUAUUGAAAUACGAUAAGGAAGCGCUUAUUUAAAAGUACUAUAAGUAUUGACAAAAUUGGUUCAUUUUUCAUACGUUAUUAGUCUUGUGAUUAGUGCUAGUUCGACAAUACUGCCGAAAAAUGUUAGAUUUAAAAAUCGAACAACGUGUUAACAUUAAAUUCCUUGUAAAAUUAAAAAAAACUGCCACGGAAUCGUUUCGAAUGUUAAAUGAAGUUUAUGGUGAAGAAUGCUUAUCCAGAGCUCGUGUUUUUGAAUGGUAUAAACGGUUUUGCAGUGGAAGAGAAGACGUUGAAGACGAUGAUCGUCCUGGACGUCCUACCACGUCUUCAACAAAGGAAAACAUUGAAAAAAUCGACCAAAUUAUUCGGCAAGAUCGUCGAUUAAGUGUUAGAGCUGUGGAAGAGAUGAUAAAUAUUGAUAGAAAAAGUAUUCGUAGAAUUUUAGUUGAAAAUCUGAACAUGAAAAAAGUGUGCCAAAAUGGUCCCUAAAAAUUUGACGGUGAUCAAAAAUUCAAUCGUAAAGAAAUUUGUUCAGAUACUUUAAAAAUUAUCAAAAACGAUCCAUUUUUAUUAAAUAGUAUUAUAACGUGUGACGAAACGUGGAUUUUUACAUAUGAUCCUGAAACUUAAAAGCAAUCCAUGCAUUGGAAGACACCAACUUCCCCAAGAAUUAAGAAAGCACGAAUGAGCAAGUCAAAAUUCAAAGCAAUGCUCAUUAUUUUUUUUGAUAUUAAGGAAAUAAUUUUUGUUAAAUGGGUGCCUAGUGGACAGACAGUCAACCAAUAUUAUUAUAAAGAGGUAUUAAUUAAAUUGAGAGAACGAGUUAGAAAAAAAACGACCAGAUCUGUGGAAGAAUGGCUGGGUUCUUCACCAAGACAAUGCUCCAGCUCACAGUGCAUUUUCAAUUCAACGUUUUUUGACUGAAAAAAAAAAUUCUAUAAUGCAACAUCCACCGUACUCGCCAGACCUGGCUCCUUGUGACUUCUUCUUAUUCCCAAAAAUUAAAAGUUCAUUAAAAGGAACCCAUUUUCAAACAGUUGAUGAAGUAAAAAUGAAAACGGCAGAACUUCUAAAAAGGGCUGACUGAAAACGAUUGGCAACAUUGUUUUCAAGAAUGGCAGCGACGUAUGCAGCUGUGUAUAGAUGCUGAAGGUAGUUACUUUGAAGGUGAUAAUCAUUAAAUUAUAAAAUUUUAAAAAUAAAUAAUUUUACUAGAAAAAUCUCGUUACUUUUUUGUCACACCUCGUAUAGUACGUGUGGGUAUGCGCCGCACAAGUACAUAGGACGCAGCGGCGUGCACCUCCCCCUCCCAC